UCUCCUCCAUUGAGAUGCUCUUUCGAGAUGAGGAUGGUGAUAACAUACAUGCUUAGGUUAAGAGUCCCUUCAUUACUCGUCACCUGAAUAACUUCACAGAAGGAAAGCUUUGUGUUAUUUCCUACUUCAUGGUUACACUGAAUUACAGGUUGUAUAGGACAACUGAUCACCCAUAUCGGAUGAACUUCAUGUAUUCCACGACAAUCCCUCCCCUUUCGGAAGAUGAUUGUAUUCAUCAGUUUGGAUUUGCCUUCUGUUCAUUCUCUUAUAUCUUAUCAAAUCAGUUUGAUGAUCGCUACUUGACUGGUGUAUGUUGUGUUGAUGUUUGUCUUAUUCUGAUCUCAUUUAUAGCUUUUUAUCAAUCCUUCAAUUCCCGAGGUUGAUGAUUUUAUUACCAAGUACGUACUACCUACAUAAAAUCAUUUGAAUUCAAUAUUCACAUUUUUCCUCCAUGAGACAAUACAUCUUCCAAAUUGGUCAGGUUAAAAUUUGUGGGCAUAGAUAUCAAUGAAGCUCCCACACACAUCGUGCCACAACCCAUUAACUUUAUUGCAGAUGAAAUGUUGAGCACAGCUGAUCGGCGAAAGAUUUCAGAGCUAAGUUCAACACCCAUUAUUUAUGAUGCACUGCAAAGUCAAGGAUGAGUCCGGUACAUGCACUUUUGUUAUUUUUGAUCGUGAAUUCAGUAGAUUGGUGGGAUGUUCAGCUGCCGCAAUGCAAGACCGUGUACUUUAUGAGAGUUUAUCAUUUGGAGUUGAUCCAUGUGACACCCUCCCUGUUGGAAUAGUAGAAAAGAUUAUGGGACAUAAACACCUUUUCAAAGUGCGCGUUUUCCAUGAAUUUGUCAUGGGUCGAUCAGCAACGUGCAGUGUAAUGAGGCUGACCAAAAACAGUGAUAUAAUAAAGCUGCAUUUGGAUACAAUUGAUGGCGACAUGGGAUUACAAUUAGGUGCUGAGAAUCUGAACCUUAAAGAUAAUGAAAUACAAGCAUCAUUGAUGGGUUCCAAUGAGAAGAGUGCACGCGAUAUUUCAGAUAAUACAUAAGCAUCAUUGAUGGGUUCCAAUGAGAAGAGUGCACGCGAUACUUCAGAUAAUACAUAGAUUGGCACAGUGACUUCGAAGGAGAAAGACCAGUUUAAUUAAGAGAGCCAGAGAUACUACUUGUCGGUGAUGUGUGCGAAAUUAGCCUUAAUGUUCAUAUUCUUUUUAUGCGUUUCAUUCCAUGAUCUAUUAUUAUUGAACUUGUGCUCUACUUUUUCAGUUUUCUUCACAUUCAACACAUAUCCAAGUCUCCUA